UAUCUAGUAUCUUGCACUUGUAGCAGGUGCUCAAAAACGAUAUGUUGACAUCCCCUCUUAGGAUACACAUAUAGAUAGUGGCUUUCUACCUGAUCAUCAGGUGUAUCUUCUGUGUCUACUGAAUUUCAUGAGUUUCAAGAAAAAGCGAGACUUUUCAUUUAAAUUUUAUGAGCAAACAUUUCCUGGAGAAGAAACAAUAUCUUUACAUCAAGUCAUUUCUUUUGCAGGAAGAGUCUUCCAUCCAGUGUUUCUAAAGCCUCAGAACCAAAGUUUGGACAGACUGGAGUCUAGGAGCUUCUUCCUCUUCCUACAAUGUGUCUGCAAGAAGUGAGCUUCCCCCAAGCCCAUGGUGUAGGGGCUCAAAUACAACCCGAGAUGCAAGGUGUGGAGUGUUCCCUUCUGAGAGACCUCCUUAACUGUGCUGUGAGCUCUUUUACUGCCAUGGAUGACAGAGGUGUUAACAAAGAGCCAAAUCAGAAACUAAACUUUUCCUUUUGUGAAGAAGAGACUGAGAAUGAAGGGCAGAAGACAGUACAAGAGAGUGGGGAGGCCCAGAGCCCGAGUCCAGAGAAGGGUGAGGCCCAGGACUCGGUGGCUUCCCCAACUCCCCUCAGCAACAUACAGGAAUGCGACACAUCUCAGGAGAGAGCUGAGGGAAGCCCAGAUCCACUUCUCCGGACUCCAGAGUCAGCCGCUCCCAAAUGUCCUGCUACACCAGUACAAACAGACAAAAGGAGCAGGCUGCCACAUGGUGACAGCCCCUCCACUCCCAAGGGUCUGGUGAGCCAGCCAGAGAUUUCUUCAGCAGGGAAGUUUCCCUCCCGAAGCUCUAAGCAUUUGAGACACACGCCUGUUCCCCUCAUGGAUGAGACAACCUCACUGGCUCUGGUUAAUAUUAAUCCAUUCACCCCAGAGUCCUAUAGAAAAUCAUUCCUUCAAGGCAAGAGGAAGACCCGAGGAGAUGUUGAGGAAGCUGGCGCAGAGGAAGGCAGAUUAGAACAAGGGCUGCCUGCCAAGAAAAGUGUUCUACGAGAAACUAACAUGGCUUCCCGCUAUGAAAAGGAAUUCUUGGAGGUAGAAAAAAUUGGGGUUGGGGAAUUUGGUACGGUCUACAAGUGCAUUAAGAGGCUGGAUGGAUGUGUUUAUGCAAUAAAGCGCUCUACGAAACCUUUUACAGGAUUGUCAAAUGAGAAUUUGACUUUGCAUGAGGUUUAUGCUCACGCAGUGCUUGGGCAUCACCCUCAUGUGGUACGUUACUAUUCUUCAUGGGCAGAAGACGACCAUGUGAUCAUUCAGAAUGAAUAUUGCAAUGGUGGGAGUUUGCAAGCUGCUAUAUCUGAAAACACCAAGUCUGGUAAUCAUUUCCAAGAACCGAAACUCAAAGACAUUCUUCUACAGAUUUCCUUGGGGCUUAAGUACAUCCACAACUCUGGCAUGGUACACCUGGACAUCAAACCUAGUAACAUCUUCAUUUGCCAUAAAAUGCAAAGUGACUCUCCUGGAGUCCCAGAAGAGGUUGAAAAUGAAGCCGAUUGGUUUCUCUCUGCCAGUGUGAUAUAUAAAAUUGGUGACCUGGGUCAUGUGACAUCAAUAAGCAAACCUAAAGUAGAAGAAGGAGAUAUUCGCUUCCUGGCUAAUGAAAUUUUGCAAGAGGAUUAUGAACACCUUCCCAAAGCAGACGUAUUCGCGUUGGGAUUAACCAUCGCGGUGGCUGCAGGAGCGGAGGCACUGCCCGCCAAUGGCAGUGCCUGGCAUCAUAUUCGCGAGGGCAACUUUCCAGAUGUUCCUCAGGAGCUCUCAGAAGACUUUCACAAUUUGCUCAAGAAAAUGAUCCACCCUGAGCCAGCAGAGAGACCUUCUGCAGCAGCUCUGGCCAGAAAUCGAGUUCUUCGGCCUUCCCUGGGGAAAACAGAGGAGCUCCAGAAGCAGCUGAACUUGGAAAAGUCCAAGAUAGCCAUACUGGAAAGGGAACUGAGAGAAACCCAGCAGGCCCAGUCUCCUACAGGAGACACCCACCACAGUGACCCUGGGACCUCUGGGGCUCACACAGAAUCAAGAAGCAAAAAACGCCUGGUAGGAGGAAAGAGUGCAAAGUCUUCAAGCUUCACCUGUGGGGACUCUUCCCCAUAAGAACUCAUUUCAUACCAGCCUGCCUUGUACCACACAGACCCCUGAAACAGAUACUGAACAUCCAAAUCCCCCUGUUACAAGAAGGAAAAAUUCACCAAUUUGAGUGCCCAAAGACUUCAAAAGCCACCUUCACUUAGUAUUUACAGUUAAGAUCAUAAAGCUACUAAGGGUGUUAUCAGCAGUGGUCCCAGGUAUACUGAUUGGCAGACAUUUUUCUUCCCUGUUAUAUUCCUAAUGCCUCCUAUCAAUAACUUACUCUCAAAUUUUCUGAUGAACAAUGAGAAAAUGGCCUCUAAAGUGGAAGAAGGGAAUAACCUUUGGCUUGGUCUGUGGACUAAGAAAUUUCCAAGGGCCCCAGGGACUCCUGGGAUGUACAUAGAAAGGAAUAAUAUUUGGCUUUGAGUUGAAGUAACAGCUUACAAAAAAUGUUCCUGGAAUUCAACAAGGCUUCCCAAGUUAUACAAUGCUAUUCCUAAAAGUGAAUUCCCAUCCUUUUGAGCAAGCUGUUUUCUGGAUGGCGGUAUUCUCUGAUACUGUAUUUGUUAAAUUAAUGGCCAUAUUACAUAUAAUUAGGACAUCCCUGAACUAGUUAACUUGUGAAACAAAAAUGGGAGGUAGAGGUUCAAGGAAGUUUGAUAUCACUGUUCUAUUUGUCUUAACCAUCUUGUGGCUGUUGUAAUUGGUUUGGAUUUUUCUGGAUACCAAUAAUUUCUCUUGAUUUUAGCAGAAUUUGGCUUUGCUUCUGUGAUUUUAGCAUAUUUUAUCCAAAUCCUUUUUCUGUAUACAUUUUCAUAGGAAUUUGUUAAUAAAGGUUUUUAUCUU